GUGGUGCCAUUUUCGGCAGCGUCUUCGGCGGGGCGCUGAUCAUGUCCCGCGGCAGAUUCUUGAUGGGGAUCGGCAUCGGCCUCGCCACGCGCAGCUACCUCAGCGAGGUGGUGCUACCCGAGCAGAGAGGCGGGGUGCUUGCCUUCUGUCUUCGCCUUCCCCGUGCUGAUGGUCGUGUGCACUGUGCCGGAGCCGCCAAAGUGAAUGUUGCAGACAAGUGGAUCCAGCCCUUCGUCAUUUUGCUGGCUGUGCUGGAGGAGAUCUCCAGCCUUCGACGGCCAGGUGCAGAGAAGUGUCUGGAGACAUAUCCAUCUGGAAGAGGCAGCCUUGAAGAGCUUUCGAAAGACGCAGACACGGCUGAAGGCCGGGAUGAUCUGAUCCGUCUGUGGGAUGACAACGUCGCACACUGA